GUAAGUGUAGUGCAUGCUCUAAACUAGAAAUUAUCACAAAUUAAUUUAGUUUACUUCUAAAAAUAUACCUACAUUGUUCAUACAAUUGAAUUAUGGAGAAUGGUACUGCUGGAGAAAAUCCAAUAAGGAUUAAUAAAUAUGCCUGUGCUUGUGCUAUUGUUGCUUCCAUGAUAUCUAUCAUCUUUGGUUAUGAUACCGGAGUGAUGAGUGGAGCGAUGAUUUUUGUGAAAAAGGAAUUCAAAAUCAGUGAUGCAAAAACAGAGGUUCUAGCAGGGAUACUUAAUUUAUGUGCUUUAGUUGGGUCACUCAGUGCUGGAAGAACCUCUGAUUAUAUUGGCAGACGUUACACUAUUGUUAUAGCUUCUGUAAUUUUCUUGUUAGGAUCUGUUGUAAUGGGAUACGGUCCAAGUUACGCGGUUUUAUUGAUAGGUCGAUGUGUUGCUGGAGUUGGUGUUGGUUUUGCACUUAUGAUUGCACCUGUUUAUUCAGCUGAAGUUUCAGCUCCAUCCACGCGUGGAUUUCUGUCAUCUCUACCAGAAGUUGGAAUUAGCAUUGGGAUCUUACUUGGUUAUUUGUCUAAUUAUAUUUUCUCCGGAUUGCCUCUGAGACUUGGAUGGAGAAUUAUGUUAGGAAUUGCAGCAAUUCCUUCGCUUUUCUUGGCGAUUGGCAUUCUCAGAAUGCCAGAGUCUCCUAGAUGGUUGAUCAUGAAAGGCCGUCUAGGAGAAGCCAAGGAAAUAAUGUACAAAGUUUCAAACGACCCUGAAGAAGCUGAAUUUCGAUUGAAGGAGAUUAAAAAAGCUAUGGGCAUUGACGAAAAUUGUGAUGAUGAGAUAGUUAAAAUCCCGGAUUCAGUGAAGGCACAAGGGGAGGGUGUUUGGAAAGAAUUGUUGCUAAAGCCAACAAAAUCACUGAGAUGGAUUUUAAUUGCUGGUAUAGGAAUUCAUUUCUUUGAACAUGCAACUGGCAUUGAAGCUGUCAUAUUAUAUAGUCACAAAAUAUUUGACAAAGCAGGAGUACAUGACCAUAAGCACCAAAUUCUUGCUACAGUUGGUGUUGGAUUAACUAAGCUCACAUUCAUACUGUUGUCGACUAUCUUGAUUGACAGAGUUGGUAGGAGAAAGCUUUUGUUGACGAGUUUAAGUGGUAUGAUUGUGACAUUAACAGGACUUGGGAUUUUCUUGACUUUGGCAGAGCACUCUGGUGGCAAACUCAUAUGGGCUUUGGUUCUUAGCAUAAUUACAACUUAUGGAGUUGUGAUGUUUUUCAACAUUGGGCUUGGUCCCGUUACUUGGGUAUAUACCGCUGAGAUUUUCCCUCUUAAGUUUAGGGGUUUAGGAGUUGGAAUUGGUGUCGCAGUUAACAGGUUGAUGAAUGCAACAGUUUCUAUGAGUUUUCUGUCAAUUUCUGCAGCAAUUACGACUGGUGGUGCUUUCUUCAUGUUUGCUGCGAUAUCAGUCAUCGCUUUGAUCUUUUUCUACUUUUUCUUGCCUGAGACUAAAGGAAAGUCUUUGGAAGAAAUGGAAGCUCUUUUCACUAGAGGAGGCACAUGUUCUAACCAUGUUAGCAAAGAAGUGGAGAUUGGAAAAUAUUGAUUCUUGAUCAACUUUUGUGUAGCUAUCCUUGAAUUUUCAUAGAAAAAUAUGCCCUUUUUACUGUUGAGAUAAAUUUUUGUAAUCAAUCCAGUUAUGUAUUAGUUAUAAACAUUAAAUUGCAGCUUCUUGUUACUAA